GGGCGGAGGGCAGCGCUUCCUGCGGGAUCCCGGCCGCUUCCUGCGGGAUCCCGGCCGCUUCCUGCGGCGGCUCCGCAUCCGGGGGACGGCGCAGGGCUCAGCCGCACGAACCGGUCUCCGCUGCCCGCCCCGCCUGCCGCCGCUCAGGCCCUACAUGAAAGGAUACAUGUUCACUUCAAGUAGAAAGGAGCAUGUUCCCAAAUUCUUCCAACUUGGGUCGUCCACCCUUCCCUCCAAAAUACCAACAGCAGAGUACUUUCUUCACUAAACUUCCUCUAAAUAUACCUCCUACUCUUCUUUCUCACCAGCAAAUUAUUGUUCCUCCUUUUCAUUUUCGCAAUGCAGGUCUUUCUAGAGCUCUUUUGAACGGGAACGUUGAAGCUACUCCAGCUGUUAUUCCAGUUGUUGCACUGCAACCAAUGACUUAUGGAAGUGUCAGUCCAGUGUCUAGAUCAGAUGCCUUGACGUCAUUUCAAGGAAGAAAGAGACAAAGUCAGCAGAGAGUUCCGGAUGAUGCCAAGCGGCAGCGGAUUCAUUCACACGAUUCUGACUCACCUGUAGUUAACCAAGCAGUGCCUUUACCAGAAGAACGCAGAUGCUCGUUCCCAGCAUCAGUUUCAGUGCAGUCUCCAGUGUUGCAUGCCCAUGGCUCUCCAGCCUUAGGUGGAUGUGUCCCUCCUUUGCAAGAUACUUUGUUUCCAGACCCUGCAGAAACCAGGCUCCCUGUUGCCAAUGACAAGUUAAGUCAGCAGGUUCUGGAGUUGUUUCAAGCAUGUCGGCAGCAGGCCUCUGAUUUGGACAGAAAAGAGCUCUGCAGAACAGAACUCCAGAGGGAAAUUCAGCUUAUUUUUCCACAGAGCAGACUUUUUUUGGUUGGGUCCUCUCUGAAUGGAUUUGGCACCCAUACUAGUGAUGGUGAUUUGUGCCUGGUGAUUAAAGAAGAACCAAUGAAUCAGAAGACUGAAGCAAGACGUAUACUCAGCUUAGUCCAAAAACUCUUCAGUACUAAACUUUCAAGCUACAUUGAGCGACCUCAGCUGAUCAGAGCAAAAGUGCCAAUAGUGAAAUUCAGGGAUAAAGUCAGCAAUGUGGAUUUCGACUUGAAUGUAAACAAUGUGAUAGGUAUAAGAAAUACAUUCCUUCUGAGAAGCUAUGCAUUCAUUGAGAAUCGAGUUCGUCCAUUAGUACUUGUUGUUAAGAAGUGGGCAAGUUUUCAUGAGAUAAAUGAUGCCAGUCGUGGUACUUUAAACAGCUAUAGUCUUGUGUUGAUGGUUUUGCACUAUUUACAGACCUUACCUGAACCCAUCCUUCCAUCCCUCCAAAAAAAUUAUCCAGAAUGUUUUGAUCCUACCAUGCAGUUGCAUCUUGUUCAUCAAGCUCCAUGUACCAUUCCUCCUUACGUCUCAAAAAAUGGAUCAAGCCUUGGAGAUUUGCUAAUAGGCUUCUUCAAAUAUUAUGCCACAGAAUUUGAUUGGAGCCAUCAAAUGAUUUCAGUUCGUGAGGCCAAGGCUGUUGCAAGACCUGAUGGUAUUGAAUGGAGAAACAAAUUUAUUUGUGUAGAAGAGCCCUUUGAUGGGACAAAUACUGCAAGAGCUGUACAUGAGAAACAGAAGUUUGAUAUGAUCAGAGGUGAACUUGCACAGGCUUGGCGGUUAUUACGAGAAGAGAAAGACCUGAACUGUAUAUUAUCUUUAAAAGCAGCCAAACAGAAGAGAUAACUAGCUUCUUACAUUGUCCUUUUUUUUUUUUUGGAUCCUGCUGAAAUAAAGAACAGUGUCAAAAUCAG